UCUUCAUAGGUUGAUGGGUAUAACUCUACCAUCCACUUAACUCUCUCAAACCUCUAUAUACUUUCACUCACUUGCAUUAACUUAAUUGGCUUUGAGAAUACUAAUUUUCUCCCCUUUCCCUUCCUUUUCUUCAAAUUUAUAAUUCAAGCAAUUACCUUUGAAUGGCAUACUUAUAACUCUCCAGAGAUGUUAGUGCCCACCAUCUUUCUUCGUAUUUUUUCUUGAUAUAUCUUCAUAAAGAUUGUUAGUUGUAUACGUUAAGUUUGAGCUAACGCCUUUUCAAGCAAUUUUGUGCUAACGCGACAUAAGUGUUCUUUAACUGGGUUGUAAAACUUUUCCUCUAUAGUAUCAAGAAAGCCUCAAUUUUUUGAUUUUUUUUUCUCGGAAGAUGCUGAAACGUGUCAAAGCUAGCACCUUUAUCCAUGCUAUUCGCUCCUAUAAAAGAUUUUGUCACUUUGAGUCCAAAUCCCAUUUGGGUUUUGGUUCUUUAGACUCAUCAGUUAAAACCAAUGUUGGGAUUUUCUGGGAUUUGGAUAACAAACCACCCAAGUCAUUCCCACCAUUUGAUGCUGCCACAAAGCUAAAAAAGGCUGCUGGGGAAUUUGGGGUUGUGAGAUAUACAGUAGCUUAUGCUAAUCGACACGCGUUUAGUUAUGUUCCUCCUUUAGUUAGGCAGCAAAGGAAAGAGAGGAAAACAUUGAAUUCUUUGGAAAAAAGUGGAGUUGUAAAGGUAGAGGAGCCUUAUUUAUGUAGAGUGUGUGGUAGGAGAUUUUAUACUAAUGAGAAGCUUGUAAAUCAUUUUAAGCAAAUUCACGAGCGCGAGCAUACGAAAAGGUUGAGUCAGAUAGAGUCUGCUAGGGGAAAAAUGAGGGUGAAGUUGGUGGCUAAGUAUGCAAUGAAGAUGGAUAAGUAUAAGAAUGCUGUUAGGGAUGUUUUGACUCCGAAAGUUGGGUAUGGUUUGGCGGAUGAAUUAAAACGAGCUGGUUUUUGGGUUAGGACUGUUUCAGAUAAGCCACAAGCUGCUGAUGUUGCAUUGAGGAAUCAUUUGGUUGAUGUGAUGGAUAAGAGGAUGGUGGAGUGUGUGGUUCUUGUGUCUGAUGAUUCGGAUUUCGUGGAAGUCUUGAAGGAGGCGAGGUUGAGGUGUUUGAAAACAGUAGUUGUUGGUGAUUGCAAUGACGGUGCUCUUAAGAGGACAGCAGAUGCUUCUUUCUCGUGGCAGGAGAUCAUGAUGGGGAAGGCCAAGAAAGAAGCUGUCUCUGUUGUUGGCCGGUGGAAGGACCGAGAUGUUCUGAAAAGAUUGGAGUGGACGUAUGAUCCAGAGGUGGAGAAAAAGCAGUAUUACUCCGAAGUUGAGAGCGAUGAUUCUGAUGGACUGUUUUCAGGGGAAGAUGAUAACAAGGAUGCUGAUGCUUCCAUCUCUAAGGAAGAUGCUUGUGCAUGGUGGAAGCUAGAUUCUCGUUCAGGACAUGAUUGAUGCAGCAAUUGAUUGUUGGCUUCAGCUUCAUUCUUAUAAAAAGGAGAGAUGAACUGGUGAUUCCACUCUAGAUUCCAUCCUCAGAAGGCUUUCCUAACAUUGCUUUAAGUUAUUAGUGAAAGACGGACACAUAUGAUGGAUUACCUAUUUCAAUUGAUUUAGCUGCCAACUGUAACUACUGAGGUUUUGUAUGCUAUAAUCCAGUGGGGAGGAGGUUGAAGUUAAUCUCAGAGGCAAACAUAAGGGUCCAAAUUCACGAGAGUGUCUUUACAAUUGGUAACAGAAGUGCUAUUCAUUGUGCUUUCUCUUGGUCUUGGAUGUUGGAUUUCAUGAGUUGAUAAGCAUGUAAGGAAAGAUCCUCAGCAGUUAAAAAAACUAAAAUUUUGGGUCAUGUGUAAAGAGGGACCUUUGAAGCAGAACAAAAAAAAUGAUAAGUUCGUCAUACAUCAAACCUGGAACGUUGCAGCUAUAGUAAGGAAAGUUCAGGGUACAACAGUACAAAAGGCUGUUACUGUCAAAUAAAGAAUAUUUGAUAAAUUUAAUUGAAGAGCAGCAACGACAAGCACUACAACAACCAUGAAUAGAAGCCCAGAUUCAGCAGAACCAUGUCGAUUUGUAGAACAUACCACGACUGCAACAAAUGAACAAGCCGAAGAACAAGACAAGUACGCAUAUAUUGUGAUUAAAAAUGUUUAUGUUGAAAAGAAUUUUUACAUAGUUAUUUCAAUUGAAUAGAGAGCAAUUUUUCUUCGCAUAUCGAAGCUCCAACAUUUUCAUGACAAUACUUUUGACGUUAUUGCUUGAAGAAUUUAUGCUUCAGCUUGAGAUUUAAGCGCCCAACAGUCCUGUACUUUUAAGCUCCUCCCCCUUUUCUCAGCUGAAAUAGAGAGCUGUGUUUGAGACCAA